GUUCAACGUACUCUCGCGAGGUUUGCUACCGGAAGUGUUACUUUCUUAACAAUAUGGCAUCGCCUAAGAGUGUCCCGAAAGAUGCUCAGGUUAUGGCACAGAUCCUGAAGGAUAUGGGUGUUUCAGAAUAUGAACCAAGAGUCAUAAAUCUCAUGUUGGAAUUCACCUACAGAUAUGUAACGACUAUAUUGGAAGAUGCAAAAAUAUACUCCAGUCAUGCCAAAAAAGCAAAUGUGGAUUCUGAUGAUGUAAGGUUAGCAAUCCAGUGCAGGACAGAUCAGUCGUUUACUUCUCCUCCGCCCAGAGAUUUUUUGUUAGAUAUUGCAAGACAGAAAAAUCAGAACCCUCUGCCAUUGAUUAAACCGUAUUCUGGGCCUAGACUUCCUCCAGACAGAUAUUGUUUAACAGCGCCGAACUACAGACUCAAGCCUCUGCAAAAAAAAGUUUCAUCAGCUUCAGGAAGAAUAACAGUACCUCGGCUAAAUGUAGGAGCUGUGACAAGUAGGCCAAGUACUCCUACCCUUGGUACUCCAGUAACACAGACUGUGACAGUCCCUACAAAAGUUGGCACACCUGUUUCACUGACUAGUCAGAGAUUUACAGUACAGAUUCCUUCUUCACAGGCAGCGACAGUAAAAUCAGCUCCUUCUUCUCAGACUGUUCAGAAUGUUCUAAUUAAUCCAUCCUUAAUUGGUUCCAAAAAUAUUUUGAUCACUACAAACAUGGUGUCAUCACAAAGCACGGCAAGUGAAACAAACCCAUUAAAAAGAAAACAUGAAGAUGAUGAUGAUUAUGACGCUUUAUAGACAUUUGUACACGAGUCCUUGUGUAGCGGUUUGAUUAAUCUUGUGGAAUUAAUGUUAAAACAGCACAGUGUACUUGUUGGACCACACAUUACCAGGUUUAUGACUAAUAUGAUACAAUUGCAGUAGAUGUUAUACAUUAUUAAAUAUUUGUAUUACAUUUGUUUAUAUGUCAUUGAAGUAAGUAUUUUGUUUGAAAAGUUUUUAUUGUAAAAGUGGAAUAAAGUUUUAUCUUACA